AGCAUCUGCUAAGUGGCAGUCAGCUGAGGAUUACACAGCUAAUACGAUGAGCUGAGGAUAUCCGCGCUGUCAACGCUGUGCUUGAAUUAGCUCGACAUAGGCAAUGUCGAUGAUAUGCGUUUAGAUUAUGAGUAACGUUCAUCAAAGAAGAAUUUCUGUGUCACUACCAGUUCAGGCCAGUCUGUCCAUCUGGGGAUGGGGGGGUCUUGGAGUCGUGCUGUUCCUCAUCACCUUUGGACCUUUUGCAAUAUUCUACCUGGCCUUUUACAUAUUCUGCUUCAUUGGAGGGGGCUUUGCGGUCACUCUGCUGUAUGGGAAGAUCAACUCCGAGAAACACCUGGAAAAGUGCGAGCAUUCCUACCUGUUGCCCACGCAAACUGGUAUACUGAAGACAUUGGAUGAGAUGAAACUGGAACUGAAACCCAUAAAGAUUGACAGAAGACUAACCGGCUCCAGCUUCAUAGAUGAACCACUACAACAGGUGAUCCAGUUCGCUCUGAGGGACUACAUCCAGUACUGGUACUACACUCUGAGUGAGGACGAGUCCUUCUUAUUGGAGAUUAGACAGACACUGCAGAAUGCCCUCGUCCAGUUCUCCACACGGUCCAAAGAGGUGGACUGGCAGCCUUACUUCACCACUCGCCUGGUGGACGACUUUGCCACCCAUCUUCGUGUCUUUCGCAAAGCCCAAGAUCGCCUCGGUGACAGAGAGGACAAGCAGAGGGACAUCACAGAAGAGCUGGUGGACGCGUUCUUCGAGGCCGAGGUGGAGCUGGAGAGGAAGAUUUGUCGAGACGUGGUGUGCACUUCACAUAAAGAUGAAGAAGGUUUCCUUCGCGACCUGUGCGAGUUGCUUUUGUAUCUGUUACUACCUCCUGGAGAUUUCCACAACAAGAACAUGAGAUACUUCCUAAGGGAGGUGUUGGCGCGAGGUGUGCUGCUUCCCCUGAUUAACCAGCUGAGCGACCCAGACUACAUCAACCAGUUUGUCAUCUGGAUGAUCCGUGACUCCAGCUGUAACUACGAAGCCUUCAUGAACAUCCUGAAGCUGACAGACAAGCCUGCUGAGUUGGAGGCUGUGAAGGACAAGGUGCUAGAGGAGCUGCAGUAUUUACGCUCCCUGGACACCGCUGGAGAUGACAUCAAUGUAAUCAAGAACCAGAUUAACAGUCUUCUGUUUGUGAAGAAGGUGUGUGAGACCAGGAUCCAGAGGCUACAAUCUGGCAAGGAGGUGGAUGCCUUGAAGCUAGCAGCCAACUUUGGCAAGCUGUGUAUCAUCCCAUUGGAUCACAUUCUAGUCCACAACAUCGCACUGCAGUUCUUUAUGGACUUCAUGCAGGCGGCGGGGGCCCAGGCGGAGCUGUUCUUCUGGCUGACAGUGGAGGGCUACAGGGUGACGGCACAGCAGCAGCUGGAGGUGAUGCAGGGCUGGCAGAAGGAUGGCAAGAAGCAGCCCAGUGCCACCAAGGGGCUUCUGAAGGCCGCCGCACUGGGCGUGUAUGAACAAUACCUCUCUGACAAGGCGUCUCCGAGGGUGCAGGUGGAUGAGGUGUCAGUGAUAAAACUAGGAGACAAGCUGCAGAAAGAUGAUCCCACUCCUGAUAUAUUUGAUGAAAUCCAGAGAAAGGUGUAUGAUAUGAUGCUGCGUGAUGAACGCUACUAUCCUUCCUUCAAGCAGAGUCCUCUCUACGUCCGCAUGCUAGCUGAGCUGGACAUGCUGAAAGAGCCCAGCUACAGGGGAUCUGACGAUGGUGAUGGAGAAUCUUUCAACGGCUCUCCCACAGGAAGCAUAAACCUAUCUUUGGAUGACUUGUCCAACUCCUGCCAUGAUGAAACUAUGCAGCUACACGCCUACAUCUCUGACACAGCUGAUACGUGUUUCCCCGGCUUCUGGGGUGCUGCAGGGGUUUGCAACGACCACGGGAAGACCUACGCGCUGUACGCCAUCACCGUGUUCAGACGCAACCAGGAUGGCAGCGAGGAGUGCUGGAAGACCUACCGCCGCUACUCCGACUUCCACGACUUCCACAUGAGGAUCACCGAACAGUUUGAGAACCUGACGUCCAUCCUCAAGCUGCCAGGGAAAAAGACCUUCAACAAUAUGGACCGAGACUUCUUGGAGAAGAGGAAAAAAGACCUCAAUGCUUACCUACAGUUGCUGCUGAACCCAGAGAUGGUGAAGGCCUGCCCAACUCUGGUCCCUUAUGUCUAUGACUUCCUAGAGAAUAAGGCCUACAGCAAGGGCAAGGGAGAACUCGCGCGCAAGAUGGACACAUUUGUGAACCCUCUGCGGAGCUCCAUGAGGAACAUGUCCAACGCUGUGAAGGCCCUGCCAGACAGCCUGGCCGAGGGCAUGACCAAGGUCUCUGACAACAUGGGCCGCAUGUCAGAGCGGCUGGGCCAGGACAUCAAACAGUCCAUAUUCAAGGUGCCUCCACUCCUCCCCAAGUCCGACAUAGACCCAGAACACUGUAGAGUCUCUGCACAACUUGACGACAAUGUGGACGACAACAUCCCGCUGAGGGUGAUGCUGCUGCUGAUGGACGAGGUGUUCGACCUGAAGGAGAAGAACCAGUGGUUGCGCAGGAACAUUAAGAACCUGCUGCAGCAGCUCAUCAGGGCCACCUAUGGUGACACCAUCAACAGGAAAAUUGUGGAUCAUGUGGACUACAUGACCUCACCGGAGCAGGUGGCAGACUACGUCAAGAAGUUCAGGGAUUCAUACUGGCCUAACGGGAUUCUUGCUGAGACUCAGCCACGUCGGGACAAAAGCAUCCGCAUGAGGACGCGAAUAGCCGCCAAGACCAGCCUGCUGGGGAUCAUGCCAGACGAGCUGAAGCACAUCAUCGGGGCGGACACCACGCGGAAGGGCAUCCUGCGCGUCUUUGAUAUGUUCCAGCACCAGUCCAUGAACCGGCGGUUGGUCUACGUAUUUCUGGAGGGCUUCCUGGAGACCAUGUUCCCCCAGUACAAGUUCCCUGAGCUCUUUGUCAAACUACACUCCCGGUCGCCGCGCACGCACAGAUACAGCCAGAAACUCAAAUCCUCCUCCCUCAAGAGGUGACAGGAGAGAACUGAGGCAAUGGGAGACGACACAUACACAUUCACACACAGAAAUAAACAGACACACACGGACUUGAGAGUGAAGAGUGUGAAGGGGAGGCCUGAUGUGAAAGUUUAGGUGUGUGUGAUUUCUGCCCUUCCACUUCCCUCACCCCUCUGUUUUACAGCGUCCCGUUCCUGCUCUCUGGCUGAUUGUUUCUGCCAAGAGAGAUACUGAAUGGAGAACAAGUCUACACUCACACACUCCUCUCACACUAUCACACACAUGCACACACAUAUCUUCUAAUUUGCACCACUGAGACUGAACGUGGCAGUCUUGUGUUUUAGAUGAUCUAUUUCACCCUCGUUUUUUGACUUUUUAUUUGAGUAUUUAGCUUUAGCUGGGCCAGACAAUGCUGCUUUCGCCUGGCCCAGGAAGCAGACCACAAAUACUGUAUUGUUUUUAACCUGCAGGAGUAGAUAGCAUAGACCCACACCUUGCCUUACCUUCCCGCUUCUGUCUUUUGGCUAGUACAGGCUGGGUUUCUACAGUCCAGCAUCUCAAUGAACUGGCCUUUCAACUGUUGUCAAAUUUACCCUUAUGUUAAUUGGUCUAAAGUACACUCUUGUGUACAUGCAAAUGUUGUUUGCGUUUGCAUAGCAACCAAAUAUGUCAAAGGCACUGGGUUAAGAGGCGCUGUUUUUAAAAUGUGACUGAACAAAUAUGAGUAAAGUUAAUGUUUUUAUUGUCAGCAUUUUUCCAGCAGUGAGGCUUAUCUUAGAAUAUCCUGAGACUUUAUUUUUCAGUGUGUUACAUCAUCUAUACCGCCCAUAAUCCUCAAAGAAAAGGCCACGCCCCCUUUAAUACUACUGUCAUAACACCUGACGACCAAAGCUUGCGCUGUUCCAUAUGUGAACUCAUGUGAUAUCGGGAUACCGUGAACAUUACUGUGCUUCAUAUCGUUUUAUGUGAAAAAGGAAAGCGGAACGCAGCGUUCACCUUUAACUCCCUGAAAGGUGAGGCCAUGUGGACAGACUACAUUGUGUUACAGUUGUGGGAGCCUCAACUCUGGCUGUCAAGUGUACUCUGAAGUACACUUCAAAGAAUGUACUCUCUGGUCUGGUCUGUACUUUGCUUGUUUUAGAAUUUUGUGUGAAUGGGCCUGAGUGUGUGCGCGUGUGUGUAUUUAGCACGAAGAUGCAACCCUCUCCAGUCAGAAACUGUGCCAGUGUGAGCUAGUGAACCAGCCUUAAAACUAUAUACAAUAUAUACUGACCAAGAGAUGCACGCUAGAGGUAGCUCUCCUUCACACACGACUGAACGUUACAAGGAAAAAAAAUCAAGAUAGAUAUGGAGAUAUAUCCCUAGUUAAUCACUUUUAUUCAGAGAAAAUGUCUUUUAAUUUUGUGCAAUAUUUUUCUUUGAUGCAUGUGUAUAUGAAUAAUUGUAUACUAAAAAAAGUAAACCAUAUUGUUUUGACAACUAGUAGAGAACGUUAAUGAACUCUUCCCCAGCAAUGUCUUCUUAACCUAACAACUUACAUUCCGUUGUUGUAAAAGUACUAUUUUUAUUUUACAGACUUGUUUUAUAAGUCUGUGUUUUUUUUCUCAUUUCCCCUGCCCACUCGUGGAGAAUCUGUAGUUUGGGUACUGAUUUGGUGGUGGCAGGGGUUGUCUGUGUCGCAGCCUGAUGACUUGCUAGGUCAGUCAGGCUCAAAUGACGACGCUCCGGCUUCUUUGAAUUCAUGCGUGGAGUUUAAUGCAUCAGAGCCUGUUUUAUUGACUGUGAACAGAUAGGACCUUGGCGUUAUGAACCGAUAUGAGGAGGCGCCGCCCCUCUCCUCCUCUCCAGUGGAAUCACAGGAGAGCCCUGUCCUGUGACCCACGGAUUCACUGCUAACGAGCACUUAAAGUAGCGACUGUGGGAGAGGCUCUCCCAUUGGCUGAACGGAGCCCCAUUCUGCUGCAGUCAUUGGAUGGAACUCAUUCGUCUGCUGUGAUUUGCUUGCACUGAGCAGCCUUGGUGGACUCUGAUUGGCUGAGUUUGAGGACAUGGACUUGAACCUCUCUUGAUGUCAAAGCUGAGGUGAAUAUUUUGUCCCCAGACUGGAGGAGGUGGUCACCUCUAACUGUCCGCACACCUCUCCAUACUGGAAGGCUUGUCUGUUUUUUUUUUUUUAAAAUCCCCAGUAUAUAUGAAUCUAUGAUAAUGAAAAUUGUGCAUAUCGGUGUACAGUAUGUGUCAAUAGUGUGCCUAAAUGUACUGUCAACUCUAUUUUCAUAUUUUUCUUUAUCUUAAAAAAAAAAAAAAAAGAAAGAAAAGAAUCAAUCAGAAUGUCAUGGUCAUUUUACGCGACUGAAAAGGACUUUAGGGUGUUUUUUUGCAUCAUGCUUAUCAAACUUCCUUUGGAGCAGCUGUGCUCAGAUCAGUAUAACACUAAUAAAAGUUAACUCAGACUAACUGA